AUGUCAUCCGUUCCUCAACCUACAGUGAAGGAGAACACGAAGACGACCUGGUACGCCUUCAUCAUGCUGGGCGGCCUGGGCGUCACCAGCGUCAUGUUCUACGCCAUCUUCCGCGAGCUGUUCAGCAGCAAGAGCCCCAACAGCGUGUACAGCACGGCGCUGCAGCGGUGCGCCUCCGAGCCGCGCGUGACGGACGCGCUCGGCGAGCCGGUCAAGGGCCACGGCGAGGAGACGCGCCGCGGCCGGCGCCGCCACGUCAGCCACCUGGUCUACCAGCAGGACGGCCACAACCACAUGCGCAUGAAGUUCUACGUCAACGGCAGCCGACAGGCGGGCACCGUGUACCUCGAUGUGCGGGAGAACCCCGACACCGGGAAGUACGAGUACCGCUACCUGUUCGUCGAGGUGGACGGCCUGAGCCGGCGUGUGAUCGUGCUGGAGGACAACCGGGCGGAGGAGCGGCGCGCGCUGCCCCAGCUGCCGCCGCUGCGGGACUACUCGCAGCCUCGGAGCGACGCGUAGCACCGCCGUGUCGCCGGCGAGGGAGCGGGCGAACUGUCGCGACAGAGGUCUACACUGCCGUACCAGUGGCGGCGGGGGCGCGCGCGGUAGCGAAGGCUUUGUGAUGUUUCUGAGGACGGUGAGCUGCUUGGAUCGACUGCGGACCUGCUCCAGAUGCCUAUUGUUCGGGGGAGGGGUGGGAGAGUGAGGCGGCUCUCAACGGGUGGCUGUGUGCCGCGUGAUUUGUGCGUGUGGUGCUCUUGUAAAGCGUACGGUGAUUUUGUUGUUAUGUUGCAUUAAAUUUUGUACCAGGA